UAGCAUCAACCCUUUAUGUGAUUAGUAAUCGAAAGAGAAAUUUCCCUGGGAAAGAGCAACAGAAAUUUGCCUGAAGCAUUAUGAAGCUCUGCUUGGUCUUGAUUGUGCCAUUUCUACUGCUGAGGUGUUGUACUUCCCAAAAUGAGGAACUCAUGUGCUUACCCUCUGACCUACCAAAUGGUUUCUUUAUGGAACGAAGGCACAAUUAUUCCCUGGGGGAGAGUACAGAAUACGGCUGUCAGAUUGGCUUCACAACUCUACAAGGACUCGACAGAGGAGUGACCCUUUGCUUAGCAGCUGGUUGGAUACCAACACCUAAGUGUAUCAGGACAUGCACAAAGUCAACUGAUGGAACUGUUAUCUUCAACACAACUAAAUCAGUUUUUUUGUUAAAGGAAAAAGUGGUCUAUGAAUGUGAAGAUGGGUAUGAAACCAUUAAACAAGGCACAGGAGACCAAAUAAUAUGUACAGAGAAGGGGUGGCACCCCAAACCUGGAUGUCUGCCAAUCCAGUGUGAAAGUCCCUUUCUUGAGGAUGGAGACAUUAAGCCAAAAAAUGACCAGAACCUGCACAAAGAUGUGGUAAAAUUUUCCUGUAAGAGGGGUUACACAAGAGUAGGGCCUGACUCUGCUCAGUGUUACUACUUCGGAUGGUCUCCACCGCCUCCAAUCUGUAAAGUGCAAGUCAACCCUUGUCAGCCACCACCCAGUAUUCCACAUGGCCGGCUUGUUAGCGAUCUCCGUGACCAAUAUCCCCAUGGUGAAAAAGUGGAAUAUGAGUGUGAUCUUGGAUUUGUAAAGGCCAGCUCAAGCAUGGUUGAGUGUGUUGAUGGAGAAUGGACAUCUUUACCAUCUUGUAUAGAGGAAUUCAAAACAUGUGGACCACCUCCCAAUAUCAUUAGAGGACAUGCUAUCGGAGUGGAUUCAGGCAAAUAUAUUCAUGGUAAAACUGUGGCAUAUGAAUGUGAAGAAAAUUUUGACAUUGUUGGAACCAACCCAGCCAAAUGCCUUCAUGGAGAAUGGACGUUCCCUUCGUGCAUCAGUCAUGCAAGAAGUUGUAGCCAUCCACACAACAUCACACCUACUCCUCUGAAAUAUGCGUAUAAGAAUAAUGAUGUUUUUAGUUACAACUGUGGUUUCGGUCUUCGUAAAGCACAAUGUGUUAAUGGGGAAUGGCUACCAACACCAGAAUGCAAAGAAUUCUGCCCACAUCCACCACAGCUUCCAAAUGCUAUUCAUAUAGCUGAGCUGAGAAACUAUGAGAGUGGUGAAGAGAUAGCCUUCCGCUGCAAAGAGCAUUUCCAUCUUCUGGGACCACCAAAAAUAUUGUGUGAAGGGGGAGCAUGGCAAACACCACCACGCUGUGUUGGUCCAUCAAGAUGAAUGGCAAGCAAGAAACAUCCAGCAGACAAGUCAGGCCAGAAAGCUUGAUCAACAGAAGUAAUUGCUGAUUUAUUUUUGGCAUGACCAAUCAAAUCAUUCUUAUUUAUAAAUAUUAUUUCUGAAUAUAUUUUCAGUGGAAGACAUGCAGUUAUCCAUACGAGACCUCUUUUUUAAAAUAAGGAUUUUUUUAAAAGAAUCAUGCAACAAGCACAAAUAAUUGUACAACACAUAUAGGCAGCCACAGGGGACUCCAACAGGCUACCGAUGUUUCCUUUAAAGCCUGUUGCAUCAGGUGCUACUCUUCCAACACCACCUCUACUGCUCCUGGCAUGAGUGUGCUGGAAAGAGGGUGUGCAGGGAUGGCUUUCCUUGUGACAGACAUUCGCUGCACUCUCACGAACCUGCUAGGGUUAAUUUUGUGUGACCCAGAGCAGCAAAGAAUACUUUUUUUGCUCCCAUUAAGGGCCAGGGUGAGGCAGAGUGAACUUUAGCUUCUCCCUCCCACAGUAAUUCCAGUGCAGCCAGGACUGCAGCAGGGGUGGAAGGUGGGAGUUUAGCAUCCAUUGCACAUACAUGGGAUUCUGUGCACGAAGGCACACCUGUGCACUUACACAUGUGGCCCCCAACCCACUACCUGGCGUUGCGUACAGCCCUCAAGGGGUAAAAGAUCGCCCACCAUUGCAAAGACAGUCUUGUCAAGGUUGCAUGCCCACAAUGUACAUUCUGUACUCUACGAAACAUGUCCAUUUUUGUGCAGUGCUCAUUAUCUGUAAGGCCCCAUUCCUUCUGUGUAUUGCUUCUGUUAAUUUGUCCUUCACUGUUGAAUCAAGACACUUGAAUAAACAUACUCCUAACUAAGGAAGAUUGCCAGGGGGAAGGGGUGGAGGACUUCUAAAGCAUGUCACAGAAUACAUUUUGGAGUGUCUAGCAAGUGUUAGAACUGGCAGAAUAUUUUCUACUUACCUCUUCUAGUGAAAGUUAGAGACAUCCUUUUCAUCAAUUAUCACAUCAUUUCCCAUUUCAUCCAGAAUUAUAAAUUCUGGAUCACAUUCCCACUGAAAAUGAACUUUGGUCUUCUUUCCCCCAAAACUUUGAUUAUGUUGCUCACUUUUGCCAACAGCUCCUAAUCAUGUGACUUAAAUCAUGCAACACAUUAAAAGAGAUGAAGGCAAAGCAGUUCCAGUCAAAUGGCAGGGAAUGGAAGUCUCCUAUUAAAUUUAUCUAUGCUCCCACCAUCACUUAAAUAUCCUAGACAUGUGCCCUCCAUUACUUAUUCACAUUUAUCAAAAAGGAUUACUGGUUAGAUAUACAUCUUCAAAACCUCAUACAAGUUGCAAGUGGUGCUAAUUGUCUUACUUUUUAGUUUUAAUAACGAUGCUUUUCCAACAAGACAAGCCAUCAUGCCCAUCAAAUGCAGAAGGAGAGAACAGAAGUCAAGACAAUUUCUCCAGCCUCAUAAGAUACUGUAUGCACAUAGAAUUGAUUGAGCCUGGGAAAAGCUGUUAUUUGCAAACUAUUGUUUGUGUGUUGAACUGACUUCAUACAGAAAAAUGUCUUGAAAACUGCAUCCAUUACCAACUAUGUUGCAUGAACACAGACAAUAACUUCACAAAAACAAUGGAUCCAACUUCUUCUUGCUGUUUAUUUUGUAUUUAACAGGCACUUUCAGACAAAUAAAGAGAUGCAUAGCAUUUGUUUCUAUCCAGCACUUGGUCUUCCAAGGUUAUGAAUAGUUUUUUCUUCUUAACUGGAGUGCAUUCCACUGUUUUUAUAAAUAUUUUUU